UCCUCUCCUCUUCUCUCGUAACUAAUACUAUCCAAACAGACCCUUGAGUGAUAGUAGCACCAUACAGUGAGGUCCAAAACUUGAUUGAAAACCAUUUCAAGUUCGUCUAAUAAUUAUAGUAGGUCUCCAUUUCCUUCACUCACCACCUCUCACACACAGUCACACAGUGGAAUAUCCAGAAACCCCUAUAAAAGAAAAGCUCCAUCAAUGGCGUGUUCAAGACCUCUCACCACCGCGUCAAGCCUCUUCCGCCGCCUCCACCGCCUCACCACUCACUCGUUCAGUACAGGCCAUCCCACCAACACAAAUUUCCGAAACUCCUCCGGAGUGGGUGAUGCGAUCGAGGCCAAAAAGAGAAUGAAGCUUGUGAAUGAUAGCUUCUACUGUAUCAGCGUAGACGUGCCUGGUCUGACCAAAAAUGAAUUGAAUAUGUGGUUGGAUGCCAAGAAAGAUAUACGAUACGAAGGAAAGUGCAAGGGCGAAGCCAAGUAUGGUGAUGUGGGAAGGUUGUACAAAGGAACCAUUGAAGGACGUCCAUUAUUGAUCCGUGUCUGUGAUAUGGACCAGCUCAAGGCGGAGCUCAACCAUGGUGUUCUUUAUAUAACUCUGCCACUCAAAGAAGAUGCCAAAAUGCACAUACAGAGGAAACGCGAGAAGUUGGAGAAAGAGAAAGGGCAGCUUUGAUCUUUGAUUUGGGGGUUAGGGUUCUGUGUGUUUGAUUUGGGGGUUAGGGCUUUGUGUGUUUGAUUUUUGGAUAUAUGUUGAAUGGAAGAAUGGUUUUUUGGGUACUAUUUAAGCAACUGAUGAUGAUAAUUUAUAAAAAAUUCACUUAGAAACAAGGAUAUAAUUGAAACAAAUAUAUAA